CCAUAACAUGCCACCACAAAGCAGAGGCGCGUCGCCUGAGCCGGGGCGACGUCCGUUCUCGAAGUCGGAAUCCCUUCCACCUACACUCCGUCCCUAUCUCGAGAAUCUCCCGUCUCCGACCACACUGAUCCCCGACCAGCGCACCCCAACUGGUCCUCGCAUGAUCAUCCCAGACCGCGACGGUGCUACACCGACACCGACGCCUCGAACGAUCAGAACACGCGCCGCGACGGCUUUUGAACUUGGUAGCGAAGACAGAGACGGAACGGAAGACGAGGACUUCCCCGAUGCGCCAGAAGAAGACGACGAAGUCGCUGGGGUGACGCUAGACGACGAUGAUUUCGAGUCGCACUACUCGAGGCAAGAGUCGCCCAAUUCGUCAGAAGAUGAGGAUAUACCUCCCGAAGAAGCAGAGACAGAAUAUCAAGCCGACGAGCAUGAUGAAGAUGGCUCGGUCUCGGCAAGAAGAGGGGGACAAUUCCCCUCGUCGUCGCAAAGACCAGAUGCGCUCUCGCGAGUCCGAUCACUGCCAGCACGGCCACCUCUACAGACAAAUGUCCUCAACGGACACCAAGCUGGCGGGCUUCAUACUUCCCAGUCGACCACGUCGCUUCCGCCGCCCCUGCCUCCGCCUCCACCACUCUACCCACCGUUUUACAACCGGCCACCGACGCCGCUCCCGCCGUCACCAAGUCUAACAUCCCUCCUCCGCCCGCCUUCUCUGCUCAACCGCUCCGCGACAUCGACCCGACCAACCACACCCGAAGACUCGGACGUUGAAACGCCCAACGACACCGAAGCAGCCGUCGCGCAUUCCGCACGCCGUGCACAUCCAUUGCCGCCCACGUCGCCAAAGGUGCCCACGUACGAAUACUACGGCUUCGUUCUAUACUUGGCCUCGACCAUCACAUUCCUGAUGUACAUCCUGUGGUCGUAUCUGCCUUCUCCGUUUCUGCACGCCCUUGGCAUAACAUACUACCCGAACCGAUGGUGGUCUCUAGCCAUACCUGCCUGGAUCGUCAUGCUAUUGAUAUUCAUCUACGUCGCGCUUCUCAGCUACAACCUCGAAUAUUUGACCCUCCCCAUGGCCAGUCUAGAAUGCAUGGUCGACGAGGCCGCCAACGUGGCCAUCCUCGACGAGCACGGCCGGAUCAGGAAAGGUGGGAGCAAGCGCUUUGUCAGGGAGAUGGAAGAACGGGCCAGGAUGGAGGAGCAACUCAGAGCCAAAGUUGCUGCAAAAGGGGGUAGAAAAGCAUCCAAGAGUGGGAACAGUGCCAAGGAGAAAGGAAAGCAACGACGACGUCCCUCGUAUCGUGUUUCGGAUGCCGCUCAUGCCGCUCCUCCUUCCGCUUCAUCUCCCGAAGUCCCAGCAACGGCAAGGCACAAUCAAAUGUCCAAUGGCACUGCUCGUUCGUCAUCGUAUCACGACCAAAGGGCGUAUCAGUAUGCUUCGACAAUUCCGUACCUCGCCAAUGGGUCGGUCGGCCACACCCAGCACGAUGGAUCCGGCGAGGACGGCACGUAUCCAAACUGGAAAAUGAUCUGGAAUGAGGGUACCGAUGCGGUCAUGGAUGUUCCUAUUGGCGGCGUUUGUGAAGUCCUGUAUGGCUGAGGACUACUCCGUGGGUUAGUCGUUCUUGCGUUUGCCAGGAGGACCAAGAUGGCGGAGUUAGAGCUCGGCCUCAGUAUAUUUGUCUAUCUAUUCCACCAGAGCUUUGAUGGACCUCUCGAACAGGACAAUCCAUACGAAGUACUUGCGUAACCAUUAUAACGUGGCGCACUCGGAUCUGGGCAUUGACCUUGGCCCUGGCCUGCACCGGUCUGUGGUUGCAUCCCCGGAUCCCCUGCUCCAGCUGCAGGUGGUUGUUGGGGGGUUCUUCGAUGAGAAUCUUAUAGUACCGAUAGAAUUGCCACUCGGCCUUUUUGUUCGGGAUUCAUGUCGGAAGGGGGAGCCUGCCGCCAUCAUUCUGUCCGCGUGGUCGCUUCAGGGUUGAAGGAGGAUGUCGUCGUUGAAGACUACGAAUAGUUACUGGCAAUAUUAGUAAUUGACUACAGCAUCUUGCAGAUUCGACCCGAGAUAGAAACAACUGAGUACUAGUAUAUCG